AUGGAUGCCUUUAAACACAAUGCGACCAUCACCCAUACCGACCACAUCACCGACCACAUCAUCGGCCGCAGUUUCGACCGUCGCCUCAUCAACUGCCUCCUCGAUUGCGUCCAGUCCAGCCACAUCGCCGACAACAACUCUUUCGAGUGUGUCCUGCCCGACCGCAUCGCCAAGCAUAUCUCAUCGGCUGCCGUGAUUACGUCUCACCCAACCGAACCGAACCGCCGACCGCAUCGCUGA